UGAGUUAUGAAACAUAAUAACUCAAUAAACCAAAAGCAGAGAAGAAAACAUGCAGAUGAGUUAUCUUGCAGUGUUUCUGAUACUGCUUCUUCCAAUCUCAUGUUCAUCUUCAGCUUCUACCUUGUUUGAAAAGAAAUUCAAGGAGUGCUUCAUAAAUCAACUUGAUGGGAAUUCUGAAUCCAUUGAAAAAAUCAUCUUCACUGAAUCCUCCUCACUGUAUACACCAGUGUUGGAAUCAUUGGAACAGAAUCCUAGAUGGUUGAAUUCUUCAAGGAAACCUCUUCUAAUACUGACACCUUUCCAUGAAUCAGAAAUUCAAGCAGGCAUCAGAUGCAGCAAAGAACUUGGGUUGCAGCUCAAAGUCAGAAGUGGUGGCCAUGAUUAUGAAGGGCUAUCAUACCUCAGUANGACCCCAUUUGUCAUGGUUGACCUCAUCAACAUCCGUUCCAUUCAAAUUAACCUUGCUGAUGAAACAGCUUGGGUUCAGGCUGGGGCAUCAGUAGGUGAACUUUACUACAAAAUCUCAAAGGUUAGUAAAGUUCAUGGAUUCCCUGCAGGAACCUGUCCAAGUNUAGGGAUNGGUGGNCAUAUCAGUGGAGGGGGACAAGGUACCAUGAUGAGAAAACAUGGCCUGGCAGCAGACCAUGUUGUUGAUGCUUACCUCAUUGAUGCAAAUGGGAAGAUUCAUGAUAGAAAAUCNAUGGGAGAAGAUGUUUUCUGGGCCAUAAGAGGAGGUNGUGCUACCAGUUAUGGAGUCAUCCUUGCAUGGAAGAUCANGUUGGUNAGAGUUCCNGCUCUUGUUACAGUGUUCAAUGUUGAAAGAACAUUGNANGAAGGAGCCAACAAUCUGAUUCACAGGUGGCAACACAUAGCACCUGAACUGCAUGAGGAUCUUUUCAUCAGAGUAGUUGCUCAAAACANUGGUGACAAAUCAAAGACAUUUAAAGCAGUCUUCAACUCUGUGUUCCUUGGAGGAAUAGACAGGUUGAUNCCACUGAUGAANGAGAGUUUCUCNGAANUGGGAUUGCAGGCCAAAGACUGCAUUGAAAUGAACUGGAUUCAAUCAGUUAUGUUCAUUGCUGGAUNCAACAAAGAUGANCCUCUAGAACUCUUGCUCNACAGAACUACNACAUUCAAAAGCUCUUUCAAGGCCAANUCUGACUAUGUAAAGGAACCAAUACCAGAAUCUGGUCUAGAAGGAGCUUGGAAAAUGGUUGCUGAGGAAGAUACAUUAGCAAUGCUGAUAUUGGAACCUUAUGGUGGAAGAAUGAGUGAAAUUUCAGAAUCCGAAAUCCCAUUUCCCCACAGAAAGGGAAACUUGUACAACAUACAGUACUUGGUGAAGUGGGAAGUGAAUAGCAAAGAAGCAUCCAAGAGGCAUGAACUUUGGGCUAAAAAGAUUUACAAAUACAUGACUCCUUAUGUCUCAAAAUCUCCUAGAGCUUCUUACUUCAACUAUAAGGAUCUUGAUUUAGGCCAAAACAAGCUUCACAACACAAGCUACUCAAAGGCUAGUGUUUGGGGCAAGAAGUACUUUAAGGGUAACUUCAGAAGAUUGGCACAGAUCAAGACAAAGUUUGACCCUCAAAAUUUUUUCAGGGAUGAACAGAGUAUUCCUCUCCUGAAUUCCUUUCAUUCUUAAAGGGGUAUGACAUUAUGUCGAACACCUUCAACAUUUUGUAGUGCUUCACUGUUAUGUUCAUUUUCUGCUUUGUGUUGUUGCUAAUAACCGAAUCUGGAAUGGUAUGCUGCUUUUGCAAACAUUUCAAAGGUUGGGGAUGGAAAUUUGAAAUGGAUAUGAUAUAUUUUGGUAA